GUCGUGCGUGUUCGUCAAUUGUCGCUUGUCACAGGCAAAAUGUGCACUGCGUUGCGUCGGGUGCGAAAGUAUUUUAUAUCAUCGCAGGUCUAUGAGGCACUGCGUCCACUUUUUUUUCUCACAUUCCUUUACGGUCUGACGCCAUUUCAUGUGGUCCGCCGCAAGAUGGGCGAAUCGUAUCUGAAGAUGUCCUGCUUUGGCAUCUUCAACAUUUUUGUUUACAUCGUGCUGUGCGGCUUCUGCUACAUCUCAUCGCUGCGCCAGGGCGAGUCAAUUGUCGGUUACUUUUUUCGCACUGAGAUUUCAACAAUUGGCGAUCGUUUGCAGAUCUUCAAUGGACUCAUUGCGGGCGCCGUGAUCUACGCAUCGGCAAUAUUGAAGCGUUGCAAGCUGCUGGGCACAUUAACAAUUCUCCAUAGCCUCGAUACGAACUUCUCGAACAUUGGGAUCCGCGUGAAAUACUCGAGGAUCUUUCGUUACUCGAUUUUGUUGCUCGUCUUCAAGCUGCUCAUUCUGGGCGUUUAUUUUGUGGGCGUGUUCCAGCUGCUCGUCUCGUUAGGCGUUACGCCCUCCUUCUGCGUCUGCAUGACCUUCUUCCUGCAACAUUCGGUGGUCUCCAUUGCCAUUUGUUUGUUCUGUAUAAUUGCCUUCAGUUUCGAGCGACGUUUGAGUAUCGUAAAUCAGGUCCUUAAGAAUCUCGCUCAUCAGUGGGACACACGCAGCAUCAAGGCCGUCCAGAAGCAACGCUCGCUGCAGUGCUUGGACUCCUUUUCGAUGUACACAAUUGUCACCAAGGAUCCGGUCGAGAUCAUACAGGAGUCCAUGGAGAUUCAUCAGUUGAUCUGUGAGGCAGCUGCCACCGCGAACAAAUACUUUACCUAUCAGCUGCUCACGAUCAUUUCAAUUGCCUUCUUGAUCAUCGUCUUUGAUGCCUACUAUGUGCUUGAGACCUUGCUGGGCAAAUCGAAGCGGGAGAGCAAAUUCAAGACCGUGGAAUUUGUUACGUUCUUCUCAUGCCAAAUGAUAUUGUAUUUGAUUGCGAUCAUUUCGAUUGUUGAGGGCAGCAAUCGGGCCAUCAAGAAGAGUGAAAAAACUGGCGGCAUUGUGCACUCGCUGCUAAACAAGACGAAGAGCCCGGAGGUCAGGGACAAGCUGCAGCAGUUCUCCAUGCAAUUAAUGCAUCUGAAGAUCAAUUUUACAGCGGCAGGACUCUUUAACAUUGAUCGUACACUCUACUUUACGAUUAGCGGAGCUUUGACCACGUAUCUCAUCAUUUUGCUGCAGUUCACCUCGAAUUCACCGAGCAAUGACAAUGGCAACGGAUUCGACUGUUGUGAAGCGUAUCAUAAUAUGACGAACCGCACAAUUUAGUUGGUUAGCGAGAAGUGCUUGGAGCUGAAUCUGGAGAUGGUGAAAAUACAUGUAUAUUUAACGUCCAACGGUGUGCGGCAAAUAAUAUUAAGUGGUUUUCUUAGAUGUUGUUGCUUUUGCAUGCAUUGUCAAUGUAUUUUUCAUAGAUU